AUGGUGGACACUUUGGAGGAAUUCGGACAGAAGCUAAGGGGUUGGAGUCGGGCUUGUAUUGGCCAACUCUGUUCAAGGAUGCCCAUACUUGGGGUCAAAAGUUGCGAUGAAUGCCAAAGGACAGGCAACAUAUCUCGUCGACACGAGAUGCCAAUUACCACAAUUCAAGAGGUGGAGGUUUUUGACAUGUGGGGGAUCGACUUCAUGGGGCCAUUUGUCAGCUCAUAUGGUAACAAUUACAUAUUGGUAGUAGUUGACUAUGUUUCCAAGUGGGUUGAAGCAGUGGCUCUCCCAACCAAUGAUGUAAAAGGGGUAACAUGCUUUCUAAAGAAGAACAUCUUCACACGUUUUGGCACCCCGAGAGCUAUAAUCAGUGAUGGCGGAACCCAUUUCCGCAAUAGAACGUUCGCACGGCUGUUGGAAAAGACUGAUUGGACGAAGAAGCUGGGUGAUGCAUUGUGGGCGUACCGGGCAGCCUUCAAAACUCCAAUUGGUAUGUCACCAUACAAGUUGGUAUUUGGAAAGGCAUUCCACCUUCUGGUAGAGCUCGAGCAUAAAACACUUUGGGCAUUGCGGCAGUUGAACUUGGACAUGGAGAUAACAGGAACCAACAGAGUCACUGGGUUACAUGAGCUAGAGAAAUUCAGGUUCCAGGCAUUCGAGAGUGCUAGAUUAUACAAAGAAAGGAUAAAACUAAUGCAUGAUAAGCACAUUGUGGACCGAAACUUCAAAUCCGAAGAGCUCGUGUUGUUAUACAACUCAAGAUUGAGGUUGUUUCCAGGUAAGUUGAAGUCUCGGUGGUCAGGACCCUUCAGAGUGGUGCAAAUGUUCUCAACUGGAGUUGUUGAGAUUGAAUCAGAAGAUGGGACAAAUAAGUUCAUAGUGAAUGGGAAAAGGUUGAAACAUUACCUUGGAAUGGUAGAAGAGAAAGGGGAUAGAGAGGUAACAAUGUUGGAAGAGCCCCAAUACGCGAAUGAGGAGUGA